AUGUCUUUGCUCCUAACUGCACUUGCCACACGGACUACGUCCGCCCGAUGGGCCGCUCAAUUAUGUGUUCAAAUGCGUGGUUUUGGCAGCUCUUCGAUCCGCAGUAAUUCUGGGAAUACUCAAAAUUCAGGUUCCACAACACAUUUUGGCUAUAAAACCAUUCCUACAGAGUCGAAAGAAUCACUAGUAAAGGGCGUAUUCUCCUCGGUUGCUUCAAAAUACGAUGUAAUGAACGACGCAAUGUCACUUGGCGUCCAUCGACUAUGGAAAGACCAAUUUGUAUCUUUACUCGAUCCGGGCCGUCGAAAACCAGUGAAAUGCCUUGACGUAGCAGGGGGCACUGGUGAUAUAGCACUCAGGAUACUUGAUUCCGCCAGGGAGAGAUGGGCCGACCGUGAAACGAGCGUUCGAUUACUAGAUAUUAACCCUGAUAUGCUCUCAGAGGGACAAAAGAGGUUUAAGAAAACCAUGUACCAUAAUACCCCUCAAGUGACCUUUACUCUUGGCAACGCUCAAGAUUUGCCUAGAGACAGCUGCCCAGACAACGAAUAUGACCUAUACACGAUCGCUUUUGGAAUCAGGAACUGUACAGAUAUCCAAGCUGUCAUAAACGAAGCCUUCCGCACGCUUAAACCUGGUGGUACCUUUGCUUGCCUCGAAUUCAGUAAGGUCGAGAACCCACUUCUAGCGCAGCUCUAUGACACAUAUUCUUUCUCUGUCAUUCCGAUGCUCGGGAGCAUUUUGGCAUCUGAUAGGGAGUCCUAUCAAUACCUCGUAGAAUCGAUUCGCCGGUUCCCGUCUCAAAAACACUUCGCUAACAUGAUCACCCAAGCCGGGUUCAAAACUGGGGACCUACACGAAGGGGAGGGAGGCGCGUGGAUAGACUUGUGGGGAGGAAUAGCUAGCGUUCAUACUGCCACAGGCGCGCCCGCUAUGCCUCCAGCUUCGGCUGACCUAGCCACGACUUGGCCCUUUCUUGAGGAGGGAGUUGAGCAUAUAAUGAUUCGCUUGCAUACCGGGGUUACUUACUCCAAGUAUAUGAACCUGUAUACGGCCGUAUACAACUAUUGUACUUCUUCCCGGUUACACGGAUCCUUUGAGAACAGUGCACUGGGUAGCCGAACGGGCGCUAAUUUGAUGGGGUCAGACUUGUACAAUAACCUCACACGAUACUUUACUACCCACCUGGAAGCCCAACGGGAAAAGUCUGAGCCUAUUGUUGACCAGGACUUACUUGUCUUCUAUGCAAGCGAAUGGGAUCGCUUUACUACCGGCGCAAACUACAUCAACCGUUUGUUUGCCUAUCUCAAUCGUCAUUGGGUCAAGCGUGAGAAAGACGAAGGUAGAAAGAAUGUAUAUCAGGUCUAUAUCCUUGCGUUAGUGCAGUGGCGAGACCGGCUCUUUUACCCCAUUCAAAACAAAGACCACAAACUCGUUGUUGCACUACUCAAAAUGAUUGAGAAGCAGCGUAACGGCGAGACUAUUGACACUGGUUUGGUCAAGAAAGUUAUUGAUUCGUUCGUCUCCCUGGGCCUGGAUGACAACGACCAAAACAAGGCACAACUUGACGUAUAUCAAAAAGAAUUCCAGACCCCAUUUAUUGAGGCGACGGAGAAAUAUUACGCGCAUGAGAGCGCGACUUUCUUGCAAGAGCACAGCGUGCCAGAAUAUCUCAAGAAAGCCGAGGAGCGUUUGCGUGAGGAAGAAGACCGAAUAGAGCGUUAUCUGCAUUUCUCCACUCGCAAAACUCUCAUCAGCAAGUGCGAAGAUGUUUUGAUCCGAGAACAUUCAGAAAAGAUGCAAGAUGAUUUCCAAAACCUCUUGGAUUAUGAUAAGGAUGAAGAUCUUCAACGCAUGUACUCGCUUUUGGCCCGAAUCCCUGAGGGACUCGAUCCUUUAAGGAAGAAGUUUGAGGAGCACGUCAAAAAGGCUGGUCUCGCCGCAAUCGCUAAAUUGCAAGGAGAAGCCGCCAAUUCUCCCGGCGGCGAGGUGGAACCCAAGGCAUAUGUGGACGCACUGCUUGAAGUUCACCACAAGAAUCAAGAGACUGUGAACCGGAGUUUCCGCGGCGAAGCAGGAUUUGUGGCCAGUUUGGACCGGGCCUGCCGUGACUUUGUCAAUCGUAACGCCGCUACCGGGACAUCGUCUACGAAAUCUCCCGAGCUGUUGGCGAAGCAUGCUGAUGCAUUGCUGAGGAAAAACAACAAGCUUAGCGAAGAGGGCGACUUGGAAGAUCAUUUGAAUAAAGUGAUGACCUUAUUUAAAUACAUUGAGGAUAAAGACGUAUUCCAGACCUUCUAUACGACAAAACUUUCCAAGCGACUGAUCCAUGGUGUCUCGGCUUCUGAUGAGAGCGAGGCCUCUAUGAUCGCGAAGCUCAAGGAAGCAUGCGGUUUCGAAUACACGAACAAACUUCAGCGCAUGUUCACUGAUAUGCAACUAUCCAAGGAUUUGACGGAUCAGUUUAAAGAACGCAUGGAAGUUGCCCACGACGCUGCCGAUUUGGAUGUUGCCUUUAGUGCCAUGGUUCUUGGUACGAACUUCUGGCCGCUUAAUGCGCCAGCCCACAAUUUCAACAUCCCCAAGAACAUUCUUCCCACGUACGAACGAUUCCAACGAUACUAUCAGAGCAAGCAUUCGGGCCGUAAGCUCACAUGGCUAUGGAAUUAUUCGAAGAACGAGCUUCGUACAAAUUACCUUAAUCAAAAGUAUAUCCUCAUGACGAGCUCCUACCAAAUGGCGGUACUUGUUCAAUACAACGAGAACGAUACUCUAAGCCUGGAAGAACUCGUGACCGCAACCGGCAUCCCGAAGGAAUUGCUGUCGCAAGUCUUGGCUGUGCUUGUCAAGGCUAAAGUUUUGGUUAACGAGGAGACAGAACAGUAUGAUUUGAACCCCAAUUUCAAGUCUAAGAAGAUUCGUGUGAAUUUGAACCAACCAAUCAAGGCUGAGGUCAAACAGGAAUCUUCAGACGUCCUCAAGACUGUGGAUGAAGACAGGAAAUAUGUUAUCCAAGCAACUAUUGUUCGGAUUAUGAAGGCUCGCAAGACAAUGAAGAACCAGGUGCUCAUUCAAGAAGUCACGAGCCAGAUUUCAACCCGCUUUGCUCCAAGGAUUCCCGACAUUAAGAAGGCUAUUGACACACUUCUGGAAAAAGAGUACAUUGAACGAGCUGACGGACAAAGGGAUGUGUUUAACUAUGUCGCCUAA